AUAGAUUAUGAAGAGUUGCGUAAUGAUAAAUAAUUUGUUUUGAUAAUUCAUGGCUGGUCGAAGCCGGCCGGCAAUCAGGCAGGCAGUUCUCGAGACCGUGCUGCCCCAAGUAGCCGUGUCGACUUCGCACCAGUCCCGUAUUUAUUUACCUUGACAAAAAUAUGGCGCGCCUGUUGUUUAUUGCGCCUAUCCUGGCGUUGGCUAUAAUGCCAGUGUACUUCUUAUUCCUAAAAGGACCACCUCCAUUACCCGAACUAGACAUGAACGAGUGGUGGGGCCCAGAGAAGCUGAAAGAAAAACCUGACACUAGUAUAAAACCAUUCAAAAUUGCCUUUGGAGACACUAUUGUAAAAGACUUAAAAGACCGUCUCAAGCGUUCUCGGUCUUUCACUGCUCCGCUAGAGGGUGUGGCAUUCCAGUACGGCUUCAACACUGCUCAGCUCGAUGGUUGGCUGAAGUACUGGGCUAACGAUUACAAGUUCAAGGAGAGAGAGACCUUCCUCAACCAGUAUCCUCAGUUCAAAACCAAUAUCCAGGGUCUUGAUAUCCACUUCAUCAGGGUUACACCGAAGGUACCUGCAGGAGUGGAAGUGGUACCAAUGCUACUCCUCCACGGAUGGCCAGGCUCUGUCAGGGAGUUCUACGAGGCUAUUCCUCUCAUCACGGCAGUCAGCAAGGACCGUGACUUCGCUGUCGAAGUCAUUGUUCCAAGUCUACCUGGCUAUGGAUUCUCCGAUGCUGCAGUUCGUCCCGGCCUGGGAGCCCCACAAAUGGCAGUAGUGAUGAAGAACCUGAUGAGCAGACUCGGAUACAAGAAGUUCUACGUGCAGGGCGGUGACUGGGGCAGUAUGAUCGGUAGUAACUUGGCUACUCUCUUCCCUGAGGACAUCCUAGGUUUCCACACGAACUUUGCAAUGACGAUGACUCCUGUAGCCACCCUCAUGGAACUGAUCGGUUCUGUAUACCCUCCUCUGGUGGUGGAGGAACAUCUCGCUGACAGGAUGUAUCCGCUGAACAAGAGGUUCUCACAUCUCCUUGAGGAGUCUGGUUACAUGCAUAUUCAAUCCAGCAAGCCUGAUACUGUUGGUGUCGGUCUCUCCGACUCACCAGCCGGUCUUCUAGCAUACAUCCUGGAGAAGUUCUCCACGUGGACUCGACCAGACCACCGUGAGCAGCCUGAUGGAGGUCUUGCCUUCCGUUUCUCGAAGGACCAGCUGCUGGACAACCUGAUGUUCUACUGGGCUCCCGGCUCCAUCACCUCCUCCAUGAGGCUAUAUUCCGAGAACUUCAACUCCAAAGUUAUGGGGAUGAAGCUUGAUUAUAUCCCAACCACAGCACCAGUUUGGGUGACUCAAGCAAAAUAUGAGCUGGCUUACCAACCACCCUUCCUCAUAAAGCUGAAGUUCAGCAACCUGGUUGGAGUGACAGUCCUCGAUGAUGGAGGGCACUUCCUAGCCUUCGAGCUGCCCAAGGUCUUCGCAGAAGAUGUCCUGAAAGCGAUAGGAGAGUUCAGGAAGAUAGCCAAGAAGAAUGUCAAGACUGAUUUGUAAUUUUAGUUGCGAGUUGAAAUAUUUUUGUACAGAGUAUUGUUGUGUUUUUUUUUAAUAUAAAGGGUGCUUUUGGAGUGAA